AUGAAGGUCAGCGUAAUUUUGUGCCUGUGCGCGGGCGCAUGCCUUGCAGAUGCAGCAAAGGAGCAGGCCACGCGGCUUAUGGUGGAUAAGCUGGGGCAGAUCAGCAUGAUGCUAAAGAGCACGCUCGAGGACGGAGUAAUGAAGGAGAGCUCGGCCCUGUCCGGGACUCUGAAGAAGCUCGCGAGGGGGUACGAGAAGCCGAAGGAGGGCAGGAAGAAGGAGAAGCCGCAGGAGAAGGGGGAGAAGAAAGCCCGGCGCAGCCGCAGGCUCUUGACAGACGCGGAGGACAGCAACGCAUCGACCGAGUUCGGGAGCGAGGGCAUGUACGAGAAAGAGAUUUCCCCCCGGCGGAAGCGAGCCAGAGACAGCGAGAGGGGCGAGCCCAUAGACGACUACGACGUGUCCUCCAUAAAGAGAAAGAGUGCAGAAGACAGAUACGAGAACGAGUACAGCCAGGACGCGUGA